AUGGCCUCUCCUUACAGCGGCUUGGAGUUCAAGUCGGCGACAGCCCCGCCUUCGAGAUCAGUGAAAACAGCUCUUUUCAUUUUCUUUGUCUUUAUCCGUGCUAUCCAUCCCACAAUCAUCGACGCCUCCAAGAGUGUAGAUGCUUCUGGACAGAAGUUCUUUGCCUAUGGCCCCCAGACUGCCAAUUUGGCGGAGGUUUUCAUCUCAAUGGUUGUCGCGCAAAUGGUGUCGAUUCGCACUGGCGAAUGGCCCAACAUUUGGCAACCUAAACCCCUGAAAAUCUUCCUGGUGGUCGGCUUUCUGUUCGGAUGUGGCGACUACCUGGAGAUGCGAAGCCUGGUCUCCCUAGGCGGUGGCGCAUACCAGAUCUUGCUGCAAUCAAGGCUCUUGAUCACGGCGCUGAUGCUCUGGGCUAUCAGUGGUCAACGCCAAUCGCUCUUCCAGUGGAAUCUCCUUGCACUGGUGGUGUGCUCAAUGUCUGUCUACAUGUGUUUGGACCUCUCUGGUGAUGAGAGCAAUUCAAGCCAAAAGCUCCUCGGCACCUUCAAUGUCCUCCUCAAGGUAGCAGUCUCUUGCUUGGCCGCGGUCUUGACCGAUCGGUACACGAAGCAAUUCAACGACCCUGUCUAUGUUCAGGCAAUCCAGCUCCGUUUGUCUCGAACUUUGCUCUUAUCCUUCUUGGUUUGCUUCGAUGGGCAGAGUCUCAAGCACGGUUUCUUUCAUGGAUGGGACGCCUGCACUGUGGCGGUGGCCGUGUCCCAUAUGCUCAAGGCAUGGAGCACUUUGUAUUUGUUGGUCUAUUUGGAUUCGGUUUUAAAGAAUAUGGGUGAAGCCUUGGCGGUUCUGGUCACCUAUUUGUUGGAGAUUUGCUUGCCCACCUUCGGCACGCCCUUUGAAGUUCGAACGCUCUUGGCUGUGCUGGUGGUGAUGCUCUCAGUCUAUGCCUACAUUUCCUCUAAGUCGGUGGUGGCGAAGUCAAUGAAGUAUGAACAGCUGCUGGGCACCCCCAAGGUAUGA